CUCUCGGCUGUCUGCUAAUAUAACCCGAAAAACAAGAGAGAGAGAGGGGGGGAGGGGGGAGGGGGUGAAUCUAACGGAAGAAAAUAGCAAUUGGAUUUUGAUUCUCACAUACCAUUGAAUUGCAGCGAAAGCUCAAAACUUUGUUGCCGAAUUUGUGAGUCUGCUGGUAAGCUUUUGUUUCUUUAAUUCUUUCAACCCCAGCACCAUGUUGGAAGCUUCAUCUUAUCCUGUCCCAAGAGAAUUACCAGCAUCAUGUGAGGAAGAGAACACGUGGAUUUAUAAUGCUUGCUGCGCUGUUGAGCUCUCAAACAAGCGGCCAUUAGAAGAUGGGGAAGAUGUUGCCUCAAGAAAGGCAGCAAAGGUGCUGGAGGGCCAUGAGAGACAGGAAAAGAUGGAGGCUCUGCAUGUUCAUUCCAUUGUGCAUACUGAUCAACCAGAUAAUCAGUAUCAAGCUGAUUGUCUGCAUGCUCUUUCAAUUGCACAAACUAAUCAACUAGAAAACCACCAUCAAGUAGAUAAUCAAUCAGAUUCGAGUUCACUCAUUAACCAACUUGGUCGAGACUUAUCAAUAAGCUGUCUCCUCCACUGCUCAAGGUCUGAUUAUGGUGCCAUUGCUUUACUCAAUAAAAGCUUCCAUUCUCUAGUUCAGAGUGGUCAGCUGUAUAAGCUGAGGCGGGAAGCAGGAAUUGUCGAGCGAUGGGUAUAUUUCUCUUGCAAUCUCCUUGAAUGGGAGGCCUAUGAUCCUAUUCGUCGUCGAUGGUUGCAUUUGCCAAGAAUUAAAUCAAAUGAAUGUUUCAUGUGUUCGGACAAGGAAUCGCUGGCUGUUGGUACAGAUCUUCUAGUUUUUGGAAAGGGAAUAGAGUCCCAUGUUAUUUAUAGAUAUAGCAUUUUAACAAACACAUGGACAUCUGGCAUGAAGAUGAACACACCCAGGUGCUUGUUUGGAUCUUCCAGUCUGGGGGAAAUUGCGAUACUUGCUGGUGGUUGUGAUCCACGUGGCAAUGUUUUGAACUCAGCGGAGCUAUACAAUUCAGAAACUGGCAUGUGGGUUGCUAUUCCAAACAUGAAUAAAGCUAGGAAAAUGUGUUCUGGACUAUUUAUGGAUGGCAAGUUUUAUGUUAUUGGUGGAAUUGGAGCUGGCAAUUCAAAGAUGCUGACAUGUGGGGAGGCAUAUGAUUUGAAAACAAGAACGUGGCAUGAGAUACCUGAUAUGCUGCCUGCUCAAAAUGGAGGGGCUGUGGUCACAGAAACACCUGCUGCAGCUGGGGCACCUCCUUUAGUUGCAGUUGUGAAUAAUGAGCUCUAUGCAGCUGAUUAUGCACAAAAGGAGGUGAGGAAAUAUGACAAAAAAAACAAUGUGUGGAUUACACUUGGGAGGUUACCUGAACAAGCAGUUUCGAUGAAUGGUUGGGGCCUGGCAUUUAGGGCAUGUGGAGAUCGACUUAUUGUUAUAGGUGGACCUAGGGCUCUAGGUGGAGGGAUGAUUGAGCUGCACUCAUGGGCUCCAGGUGAUGGUCCUCCAAAGUGGGACCUGCUUGCUAGCAAGCCUUCGGGCAGCUUUGUGUACAAUUGUGCUGUGAUGGGAUGCUGACGUGCACACCUAUAUCACCAACAUUGAGUAAUAUAUGGAAGUGCAAAUUUUGCUGUGAUGAGAUGGGAUGCUGAUGUGCACAUCGGUCACCAACUACGUGUAGCGUAUCAAUCUGCGCUGUUGGAUCAUGGCUUUGUUGAGGAGAUGUGAAUCUGGACAUCUGGUAAUCGCUGCCUUCCCUUUUGGGAUGAAUUUGGGUUUUAAUUUAGAUCCAUAGAUACAGUUUUAGGAGGUGCUGAUAACUUUGCCUUUUAUUUUUAAUUUGUUUCAUGGCUUUGUGUCGAUUUCUUCCUUCAUAGUCUGAUUGUCAUUUGUAUGUUUGGUUACCAUAAGAGCUUUGCAAAGGUGAGAAUAUCAACAGCUUGCACAGAUGAAUAAAAUUACAGUUUUAGUUUGUUGUAA